CCCAGACCAGGUAGUUUGCUAGUUUGGGACUAGUGCCUCGCAAUUAGUGACUGACCAUUGUGACCAACGCCUGACGAUCCCGCGACAGAAGCCCCACCAAGGCUUCACCGUGACAAGGUCUAGUCCCAAUUGCCUUUGAUCCUUCCCACACCGCCAAAAGACCCUUGAAAACGCGACAGCACGACGCGAUAAUCAGAAAAUCUUGGCUUUGGCUCCCUCAUCGAGCUAAGCUGAAUUGUUCUGAGAACAGCAGUCUGUCAUCGAGAGGCAGAGCACGUCUACCCUGCCACGACCCAGCCGCGCCGCAUCAACAGCGACCACGAUACAGACAGCGCGAGCGAGUCCACAAACACACGCGCCACUGGGCAUGGACUUCCUCACCCACCAGGCGCUCUCGCGCAUCCUCCCGCCCGACGCCUACGCCUUCGUCCAGACCAACAUCCUCCACCCGCAGUCGCAGUUCCAACUGCUGCUCAAGCAGAGCACCGUGGUCGCGACCAACGCCGUCUCCGCGGCCCUCCCGUACCUCGACCCGCUGAUCGAGCGCGUGUCCGAUGCGCUGCACGACAACUCGGGCGCCGUGGGCGUCGUCGUGGCGCUGGGCGUCAUCACGGCCGUGGUCAUGAUUAUGAACUGGAUCCGGCGGCUGAUGAUGUGGUGGGCGCGCUUCACCAUGGUCCUGGCCUUUUACGCCGCCAUCGUCGUCGUGCUCGCCAUUGCAUGGGAGAGGGGGCCCGCGCGGUCGCUGCGGGACGUCGUGGUGGUCGCGUCCAAGAUUGUGGGCUACCUGGCGUCGUUGCGGGAGGUCUGGGUGCAGGAGUACGACCGCUACGAGAGCCAGGGCAACCCGAGGACGAGGAGGUAGUAACCAGGGAAAGGGGGAAGCUGUCUUUAUUCUUAUUUUUGGUGAAGGGAGGGCGUUGGACGUUGUUUACUGGGACGUGGCUCCAAGAGACGCUGUGUUGAAGGAGGAAACACCGCAGGUGGGAAACUUGGGUACAACAUGCCGGGGUAACAGCACUGCAUUGUGAUCAUGAUAACGACAAACGCGACAAUGAAGGAUAUGAUGUUUUAUCAACGUACAUGAAGA